AUGUACCGUGUUAGGAACGGCCUUGAGGAAGAAGGCGUGAGGAGACGAAGAGGAAGAUUUAUUGUCGGGGUGGAUACCUCCCAGGGUCGCGGGGAGAGAAAUACGAGGAUGAGAUCCAGAGUUGCUAACAGCCCUGCGGGCUUCCAGAUUGAUCGGAGCUUAGGAGAAGCCGAAAAAUGCCUCUUAGGUCUUAAUGACCAUCAGGGUCGCUUCCAUGGUGACAAAAAUAUCCCCACAGCCUUCAUGGUGGAUGACAUUAAGCAGGCUGCAGCCAUCCAGGAAUCCCUUAGAAGUCACUGCCUUAAAACUGUUAUUGCCAUCAUCAACAAGGCUGAAAGUGAAGAGAAACGGGAGCUGCCAUCACCAUUGAAAUUAUUAUCUCUCGUACCUGUGGAGUUGGAGGCCCCCAUGGAAGGGAUAUCUUCAGAGAGGAUGGAUGAGGCAGAUUUGGGAUCAGAUGAUGACAUAACUCAGUAUGAGCUACAAAACAACUCUCUGAGAGCAUUGUCGCGGGCUUCUGUGAUGACAUUGAAUUGGAUCUUCAAGAGUGAUUCAUCAUUGGAGCAGAAGAAGGUACAAGGCGGAGUGAUCGGAUGCGGACAACUCAGCACCAUUCAACAUGGAUUCAUUACUAUCGAGUCUUGUGGCAGCCCAUCUGAAGAGAUUGCUAAAAGAAGCAAUGAAAGCUGCAUUCAAGAUGAAAGCUAUGCAUUUUCGACCGUCGUUAGAUACAGAUGCGAGAAAUAUUAUGAACUGCAGGGACCGGAAUUCAGAAGAUGUGCAGAGGAUGGAGAAUGGACCGGACCCACCCCGUUUUGUAAGCCAGUAUGCGGAAAGAAGGCAAGUCAAAUUCAACUAUCCGCAGGAGGAAAUCCAUCCGAAAUUGGAGAAUGGCCAUGGCAAGCGGCCAUUUAUGACAUCAAGAUAGGAGAUGUUAUAUGUGGAGGGGCUCUCAUUAGGGAAGAAUGGGUGCUAACAGCUGCCCAUUGUGUCGUUGUGGAUGGUUCCAUCAGAACUCGGCACACUGAAGAAGUUUUUGUCUACCUUGGGAAGCAUUACCGAUCUUACAUCAAAAAAGACGAACACGCACAACUCAGACAAGUUCAGUAGCCUAACAUUUUCCAAUUUCCAUCCAUUCUUUCCUGAUUAUGCAAACUGUCGCAAUCUCCUUGCAGGUGUCUCACAUAAUCUUGCACAGGGACUUCAACGUACAUAAUAACUACGACUCGGAUAUAGCUUUAUUGAAACUAGGAAGACCUGCUGUGCUAACGGCUCGAGUUCAGUUGAUAUGUCUCCCGAACAGAUUUGAUUUAUCUGAGUUAAACCUCGACAGUGGAGUGCCAGGAUGGGUGACCGGUUGGGGUCAUGACGGUUCGGAUGAACUCGCAGCUGUCCUGACGGAGGUUCAACUCCCGGUCAUAUCCAAUCGCAAAUGUGUUUGGGACACCCUUAAUUUCACAGGGGACCCCGGCGUCAUUCCUACCCUCACCUCAAAUAUGUUUUGCGCUGGUUUUUCUGCGGAUACUCCUCUUGAAGAUUUUCGAACAAUUUGUACAGGGGACGGGGGAAGUCCCAUGGUCUUCUUCUCCAAUACAUCACAUGAAAGCCACUGGACAGUGGAAGGGAUUGCUAGUCACUUUUUCCAAAAAGGUGCUUGUUCCAUGAGACGCCCUGGGCAGUAUGGAAUUUUCACCAAAGUUAAUAGGUUCACCCAGUGGAUCAGCAGGGUAAUACAAUAGUGGCUUCUGACAAAUCACAAUUGAUUCAACUAGAUGCAACAUUUGAUAUC